AUGGCUUCCCCAUGGCUACUGGCCUCUAGGCGAAUAAGUGGGCUAUUAGGAUCGCGCAACAAUUUUUGUCAGGUUGGCCCAGGGACAAGUCGACGUCUUCAAUCUGGGACUCCGCCUGAACCACAAGCACAGCAGAAAGCCGGGCAGCUUGCAAACAAGGACCUUCAUCGCUCGAUCCUCGAAGAAGUUCUUAUCCAUGAGAAGAAAAAACCGACAACUUUCACGGGAAAGGCUGCUGAGAAAGCGACAAAUACGUUCCUCUAUGCUGCGGUGGCAUCAUCAGUGGCCCUCAUAGGGGCUUUUGCUUAUUUCCUGGUGCAGGAGUUCUUCUCUCAGGACAGCCCUCAGUAUAUAUUUACCAAAGCCUUGAACAUGGUGCGCGCUGACCCACGAUGUGCCGAUCUUUUCGGGGACAGCAUCAAAGGAUUUGGCGAGGAAACCUCUCGCGGGCGCAGGAGGCAUGUAGCUCAUCACAAAUAUUACAAAGAUGGGAAUGAACGUAUUCGCGUCAUGUUUCAUCUAAAGGGAGCCAACGGCGAAGGAAUAUGCCAAGUGGAACGGGAGCAGCGUAAUGGUGAAUGGGAUUACAGGUUUCUCUAUGUGGAGCAGAAAAGUCCUCAUCGUGUUACUCAUGUGUUGAUCGACAACCGUACGGAU